CCACCACCACCACUGCCUGUCAUGACUGUCGCAGCUCAAGGCUCGCUGACUGCUGACUCAUUUUAAUAGUAUUUCUUAGGAUCCUGAACCUCUGUACAUAAUGCAUUGUGUUUAAUAUACUCUUCAUUUCGUUGCCAUUACAUAUGUCUGAAAAGCUGCAGGUCUCUGACUUUCUGUCAAGCAGCCAGUGCCUUUGGGUAGUGUGUGUGUGUAGCUGGGCAUUUGUUAGGGAGGAGGGUCUCCCCGCCCCUGCGCUUCCUGCCUGGUAGGGGCCUGUGUGUCUAACUGACCCAUCUGUUGGCAUCUCCAUGCUCCUGCUCUCUGUGGAUCUGCUCUGAGAGGUGAGCUCCGAGGGGUCCCCAUUCACAAGGAUUUACUGCCUAUUAUGCUAAAGCACGCUGCCAGCUGGACAGACCAUGGCUCUGUGACCGAGAGGAAGUCUGAUGGGGUCAGCCAAAAAAACAACAAGCAUUUCUGUCAUGAUCAAGUGCAAGAGGAUUUCAAUGGCUGUCCAGGCUUUGUUUAGUCUGGUAUCAGUGUGCACUGUGCAGACCCUGCAGCGCAGCUUGUGUGUGUGAUACCCAACCCUGCUUUAGAUUGGGUAACUACUUCCACUGGUACCAAAUGCUUUUCGUGUCGGUCAUCUGCCGAGAGGGACAAAUGGAUGGAAAACUUAAGGAGAGCUGUACAUCCUAACAAAGACAACAGUCGGCGUGUGGAGAACCUUCUAAAAUUGUGGAUUAUUGAGGCCAAGGACCUUCCAGCCAAGAAAAGGUAUUUCUGUGAGUUGUGUCUGGACGACACGCUUUACGCACGGACUACCUGCAAAUUCAAAAUGGACAAUGUAUUCUGGGGAGAGCACUUUGAGUUCAACAACUUACCUUCCGUCAAAAGUGUCACUGUCCACCUGUACAAGGAGUCGGACAAAAAGAAAAAGAAGGACAAGAACAACUAUGUGGGCCUGGUCAACAUUCCCGUCGGUGCCGUCACGGGACGCCAGUUUGUGGAGAAGUGGUAUUCUGUGAGCACGCCCAACCCGAACAAAGGGAAAACUCCCGGACCUAUGAUUCGGCUCAAGUCGCGGUACCAGAGCAUGAGUAUCCUGCCCAUGGAGUCAUAUAAGGAGUUUGCAGAGUACAUCACCAAUAACUACAUGCUGCUGUGCUCCAUCCUGGAGCCUGGCCUUAGUGUGAAGAACAAGGAGGAGAUGGCCAGUGCCCUGGUUCACAUCCUACAGAGCACCGGCAAGGCAAAGGACUUCCUGACUGACCUGAUGAUGUCAGAAGUGGAUCGCUGUGGGGAGAACGAGCACCUGAUCUUCAGGGAGAACACACUGGCCACCAAAGCCAUUGAGGAGUACCUUAAACUGGUGGGGCAGAAGUACCUGCAGGACGCACUAGGAGAGUUCAUCAAAGCCCUGUACGAGUCAGACGAGAACUGCGAGGUGGACCCAGGGAAGUGUUCCUCAGGAGACCUCCCUGAGAACCAGAGCAACCUGAAGAUGUGCUGUGAGCUGGCCUUCUGCAAGAUCAUCGACUCCUACCGUGUUUUUCCGCGGGAACUGAAGGAGGUGUUUGCCUCGUGGAGGCAGCAGUGCAGCAGUCGGGGCCGGCCGGACAUCAGCGAGCGUCUGAUCAGUGCCUCUCUGUUCCUGCGCUUCCUGUGUCCAGCCGUUAUGUCCCCGUCACUUUUCAACCUGAUGCAGGAGUAUCCCGACGACCGCACCGCUCGCACCCUCACGCUCAUCGCUAAGGUCACGCAGAACCUCGCCAACUUCACCAAGUUUGGUAACAAGGAGGAGUACAUGUCCUUUAUGAACCACUUCCUGGAGCACGAAUGGACCAACAUGCAGCGCUUCCUGCUGGAGAUCUCCAACCCAGAGACCAUCUCCAACACGGCAGGGUUCGAGGGUUACAUCGACCUGGGCCGCGAGCUCUCAUCCCUGCAUUCCCUGCUGGCUGAGGAUGUCUCUCAGCUGGAUCAGAGCACAGCCUCUAAGCUGGGUCCCCUGGCCCGUAUAUUGCGGGACGUGAACUCUGCGCUGACCAACCCAUCUGGGGUCCAGGUGUCCACCCCCACAGAUGGCAUGGGCUCUCCUCCCCUCCCCCUCCCAUUGGCAAGCUGCAGCCUGUCCACCGGCCUACCUCUUCACAAGAUAGUCGUGGACAGCGAGCUCUCUGGGUUGGUGGAUUUUACGAGGCUGCCGUCGCCAACCCCAGAGAACAAGGAUAUAUUCUUUGUGACGAGGAACUCUGGCAUCCAACAGUCUCCAGCCAGAAGCUCCAGCUACUCGGAGGCCAACGAGGCUGAGGUGCAGCUCCCCAACAGCAGCAAGAGUCUGUCCAUGGUGGACCUGCAGGACAGCCGCAGCCUGGAGAGUACCCCUGGCCCCAGCCCUGGCUCCCCCAGCGACAUGCUCUUUAAUGACAGCCAGUCCCCCGUCACCCCUGGGCCUGGGGGUUGGGCCGCCCGCACCCCACAGGGCAUCAUCCCCACCCCCGGCCCCGGACCCACUCUAAGGAGGACAGGUCAGACCCCUACCACCCCCAGCACAGAGAGCAGCACCCCAGGGAGGCCCACCCAGCUCCUGGCCCCGCUCUCCUUCCAGAACCCUGUUUACCAGAUGGCCACGGGGAUGACCAUGAGCGUGUCCCCGCGGGGUCCCCUGGCUGACUCGGGCUCUGAUGGCCACAGCUCCGUCAGCUCUCAGGGCAACAACACAGAGGACACCCCCAAGCAGCCAGGGGUCUUCCUCACCCAGGGGGUGGCGGUCAGUAGUGGAGGAGGCAGCAGCAGUGAGUUUACCACCCGCCGCCAGCUGUCACUCGGGGAACACCAGCCCAACGUGCCGCGGCAGAACAGCGCCGGCCCUCAGCGCAGGAUAGACCAGCCCCCUCCGCCCGUCACCAGGGGCAGAACACCACCCAACAUGCUCCAGACAGCCUACCCCGGUCCGCGGCCCUCCAGUGGCAGCAUGAUGUCAUCAUCCCCCGACUGGGGGCCCAGUGGCGGCAACCGUCUGAGACAGCAGUCGUCUUCGUCUAAAGGGGACAGUCCUGAGACCAAGCAGCGCACCAUGCACAAAGCGUCCUCCCCUGUGAACCCCAAUGCCCUGGACCGUACUGCUGCCUGGCUGUUGAAUAUGAAUGUGCAGUAUUUAGACCAUGAGGGAGUUGACCCAGAUACCAAGCACAGGGAAGACCUCAGAAACAAAGAGGAGCUCACCCAGACUGAAAAGUACCAGCAGGAAAUAGCCAUCCUGCAGGACAGGCUGUGUCAGUCAGCCAAGAAGCUGGAGGAGUAUGAGUGUCAUCUGAAGGGCCAGGACGAGCAGACUCAGACGAUGCUCCUGGAGUACCAGGCGCGCCUGGAGGACACAGAGGAGCGUCUGAGCCGGCAGCAGGACGACAAGGAGCUCCAGAUGAAGAGCAUCAUCACGAGGCUGAUGUCAGUUGAGGAGGAAUUGAAAAAAGAUCAUUCAGAUAUGCAGUCGAUAGUGGACUCUAAACAGAAGAUCAUUGAAGCCCAGGAGAAACGCAUCGCCUCUCUAGACGCGGCCAACGCCCGCCUGAUGAGCGCUCUGACCCAGCUGAAGGAGCGCUACAGCAUGCAGAACCGUAACGGCAUCUCCCCCACCAAGCUCCAGAUCACAGAGAACGGAGAGUUCAGGAACAGCAGCAACUGCUAGGGAGGGGAGAGGGGGCUAAGCCCAACUCAAUGACACUUGGGCUGGGGGAGGGAGGAGGAACUACCAAAACCCAGGCACUCUCCAGAGAAAUAGAUUUAUACUGUCCAAAUCCAUUAUUUUCAAUGGAUGUGGUCAGGAUCACAGAAAGAAGGGCUAGACUGACUGAAACUGCUGCUUAAAAAUAUAAAGGACUUGAUCAGAUUCAAUCAAAUGUAUUUAUAAAGCCCUCCUUACAUCAGCUGAUGUAACAAAGUGCUGUACAGAACCCCAGCCUAAAACCCCAAACAGCAAGCAAUGCAGGUUUAGAAGCACGGUGGCUAGGAAGAAACCUAGAGAGGAACUAGGCUAGGAGGGGGUAAAUGUUGGCUUUUCAUAGCCGAUCAUUCAGAGUAUCUCUACCGCACCUGCUGUCUCUAGAGAGUUGAAAACAGCAGGUCUGGGACAAGGUAGCACGUCCGGUGAACAGGUCAGGGUUCCAUAGCCGCGGCAGAACAGUUGAAACUGGAGCAGCAGCACGACCAGGUGGACUGGGGACAGCAAGGAGUCAUCAUGCCAGGUAGUCCUGAGGCAUGGUCCUAGGGCCCAGGUCCUCCGAGAGAGAGAGAAUUAGAGGGAGCAUAUGAGCAUACUUAAAUUCACACAGAACACCAGAUAAGACAGGAGAAAUACUCCAGAUAUAACAGACUGACCCUAGCCCUCCGACACAAACUAUUGCAGCAUAAAUACUGGAGGCUGAGACAGGAGGGGUUGGGAGACACGAUACCCCCGGGCACGGCCAAAGAGGCAGGAUAUAACCCCACCCACUUUGCCAAAGCACAGGCCCCACACCAGUAGAAGGAUAUCUUCAACCACCAAUUUACUAUCCUGAGACAACGCAGAGUAUAGCCCACAAAGAUCGGCACGAACCCGGGGGGGGGGGUGCCAACCCGGACAGGAAGUCCCCGUCAGUGACUCAACUCACUCAAGUGACGCACCCGUCCUAGAGACGGCAUGGAAGAGCACCAGUAAGUCAGUGACUCAGCACCUGUAAUAGGGUUUGAGGCGAGGCAGAGAAUCCCAGUGGGAGAGUGGAGAGGGGAACCGGCCAGGCAGAGACAGCAAGGGCGGUUUGUUGCUCCCAUGCCUUUCCGUUCACCUUCACACUCCUGGGCCAGACGACACUCAAUCAUAGGACCUACUGAAGAGAUGAGUCUUUAUUAAAGACUUAAAGGUUGAGACCGAGUGCAUCUCUCACAUGGAUAGGCAGAACAUUCCAGAUUGACUUUAGAGAAAGCUAUAACGUCUACACCUGGCUGCAAGACAUCCUAAACUCGCUAUCCUAGUACAUAAAACAACAGUUUAUCGAUUUAAGGUUGUGCUGUUAUCUUAGAGCCUGUUUUGAAGUGAUUUGAACAAUUAUAAGCUUUAAUGUUUCUGGUUUCUCAUCUACACUUAUAAUUUCCAGUCACUGUGUUUAUAUAGCACCUGGUGCUUAAAGAGGACGCUCGUUUAUGGGCCCUGUGUUUUCAGAGUUUAGUAAACAGAGUAAGUACUUCAUACUCACAGCCAAGCUGUUUCUUCCAGCAAUAGUGUAGUACAACACAAGUGUAUAGUACAUUGUAGCAUCAAUAUUUUAUUUUACUCAAUGGCUGUUUUUUAAUCCCAGUGUUUUUUAGUUUGUUUUUUACUUCAAAAGCAUACAGUAUAUGUUGCCAAGUGAACAACUCUAUCAGUGAAAGCCUCCUCUCAUGUUGACAAGCUUUUGAAAACCGUUCUGGUUCGACUUUUCCCGAAAGCACGUCCCAAUAGAAAGUGUUUCUAUAUUCUUCCUGUGUAUUUUACGUAUACUCUGCUGUUCUUACCUCAUCAGGACUGCAGUAGCACAACGAACGUGCUGUUUUAAAUUGCUAAUGGUAAAGAAAGGGCUCAGCUAUAUCAUUUUUUGCAUACUUUGUAUAUGCUUAAAUAUGAGUAUAUUUAGAGGUUUACAUACCUCGUAGAUGUAUAUAAAAUGUUCACAGUAUUUAUAUUGAUUGUCUGGAAGGGGAAUAGUAUUUUGUACUGUGUGUUCAUUGUGUUAAACUCGGCUGUGCUAAUAUUGCAAGACAAUAGUAAGAGUUUGAUUGUAAUUGUAUGUCUACUUCAGUAGACAGUUCACACAUCGUUUCCCCCAUUAUCCCCUUUUCAUAUGUGGGUUCUUUGUUAAAAAUGAACAAUUUAUUGAUGCUAUUAUAUAAUAUUGAUAAACAUAGUUUACUGUUUUGUCCUCUGCGUAUCAAAAUUGUUAUGUGUAGGCCAAACCUUCACUGUUUGCAAUUUGACAGUGCUGAAUAGAAUAGGACUGAACUCAAAUACCUGGCCACUCCCCUGGCCACUCCCCUGGCCACUCCCCUGGCCACUCCCCUGGCCACUCCCCUGGCCACUCCCCUGGCCACUCUUCUGGCCACUCUUCUGGCCACUCUUCUGGCCACUCCCCUGGCCACUCCCCUGGCCACUCCUCUACCCUUGCGCUUCUGGAAGAGUCAUUUCACUAACGGCCCUACACCAACACUCCUUCAUUUAGAAUACCUUCUAUCCAAAGUGAGUGAUGAACGUCUCUUCCGGGCAGUACAUCCACAUGGGGUUUUAGGCUGUAACUGAGGUAUAAACCAGAUUCAUUGUCAGUUCAAGUUCCCUCUAGUGUUGAUUGAAGCUAUGAACAUGGAGUGGACUUAAGGCCUUUUUUGUAGUCUUAUUUAAGAUGCAGGUAGCUAACUUUAGCAACCUUCAAAGGUGGUCUCAACAAGUGGCUUUGCAUGACUUGUCAAUUCUGACUUCCGCUAAUUGUCAUCUGAAAACACCAGUGGUCUGCUUUCAGGAAAUUAGUCACCUGAAUUACUGUGUUGACCUGUGUUUUGGUCUGUGGAAAUGUUAAGCUUAAACAUAAUUUGAUUUUUUUUAUCAACUAGACUAUUGUUAAAGUACGUUAUGUUUUAUAAAAAAAAAUGUAAAGUUAUGUGUAAAAUGGUAUUUAUGUUAUGCUAUAAAUUGUUUGUUUCAAUCAGUUCAACAUUAUUUAUUGAAUAUCUUUGUUUUUUGUUUUAAUAAAAUGCUGAAUAGUA